GGAGCAAAAUGGCGGACGAAGAUAUUACGCUUGAUGGAAAACCUCUACAAUCGCUCCGAGUCGCCGAUUUGAAAGCCGCCCUGGAGCAAAGAAACCUCCCGAAGAGCGGGCAGAAAAACACGCUCAUGAAGCGACUUAAAGGGGCCCUGAUGCUGGAAAAUCUUCAGAAGUCGUCCUCCUCUCACAGUGGGUUGCAGCCCAACUCACAGAUAGGAGAGGAGAUGAGCCAGAACAGCUUCAUCAAACAGUACCUGGCUAAACAGCAGGAGCUGCUUCGUCAGCGGCUGGAGAGGGAGGCGCAGCAAGAAGAAGAGUCAGACGAGAGCCCAGCAGUGCCGGAGGAGGAUGACGACCACUCGGAGGACAAUGACAGCUCCUCCUAUGUCUCUGACAAGCAUCUACCCAUACCCCCCAAGCCCUCGAUGACCAGGAUGGAGGAGAAAGGAGGAGGAGAUGCAAUGAUGGUUCAUGGGAUGAUGGCAUGCGGCCCUGACAUGGGCCCCACCCUCCACCCGCAGGAGUCUCUCGAGGCCCCAGGAGCUCGGAUGCAGCGAGCCACUUUUCAUCAAGGCCACAAGGAGCCACCGGCCCCCUCUCCUCCCCGCGCCGUUGCCUCCCUGUCAGUCCGCGUCCUGGGCCAGCCUGACCGCCAGGGGCUGCCCCCUGCCGUGUCCCGAGCCCAGGAGAAGGAGGGCACCGCGCCGAGUGAACCAGGAUCAGCUCACCCUGUCCUCCACCUCAGCCGAUCUGCCGGGGUCUCAGCGGGAAGUCAGGCGCAGGAGGACAGCGACGACGAUGACGACGGCGAUGACGACAGCGAGGAUGACGACGAUUGGGGACCUGGACCCGGAGGGGCACGUAGGGGCAACAAAGUACCUCCCCAGCCACAACAGAUGCCACCAAGCGCCCCAUCAACGGUCGCCAGAUCCAAACGCAAGCUUCAGCCUCCGCAGCACAUCCCACCACCACAGGUACACCACACACCCAUGCAGCUGCGCCACCCAACUCCUCCUCCCUCCCCACCGCCUGAUCUGUUCCCCCUGCCCGACACGCCCAAACAGAGCCCGCCAGACACGGACGACCAGGAGAGAGGGGGCCCUGAGGCGUCCCGUGGUCCGAGGUUGCCUCCUCUGUCACUCUCCGGCAUGCAGAGGCAAGACUCUGACUCAAGCUCUCGCUCCAGCAGCCCCGAGCCCCCCGUGAAGCGCAGGCCGGGGCCCCUCUCUCUGCUCGUACACAAGAUGGAGUCAGAAGGGGCUUUCCGUGCAGCGGAGGCCUCCUCGGCUGUGGAUUUGUCGGGAGGGACCGCACACUCCACUGCUGGGCCUGCCACCUCCAGCGAAUCUCUGCUGCACAGGGUGGAGAAAAAGAGGUCACAAGAGAACAGAGAGAUGGAGGAAGAGAGGCGGCUGAAGGAGGAGAAGGAGAGAGAACAGCAGAGGCAGGAGAAAGAAAAAAAGAAGAUGCAAGAACAGGAGAGAGAGAGGAAACGCUUGGAAGAAGAGAAGGAAAGGGAGAGGAAACAACUGGAAGAGGAGGAGAAGCAGCGUCAGAAAGAGGAACGGGAAAAAGAGAGAAAACGCCAGGAGGAGGAAAAAGAGAGAAAACAUAAAGAAGAGGAACGAGAGAAAGAGAGGAAACGGCAGGAAGAGGAAAAAGAGAGAAAACGCCAGGAAGAGGCAAAAGAGAGAAAACGCCAGGAAGAGGAAAAAGAAAAAGAGAAACAACGCCACGAAGAGGAGCGGAGACGAGAGGAGAAACUGCUAAAGGAGAAAAACAAGACACAGGAGACAGCCAGCAAAGGCAGGGUGGUUGUUUCUGAGGCCCACGACUCGGGCUCCUCAUCAGAUUCUGACUCCAAAUCAGACUCCUCUUCACGCUCAUCGCAGUCCUCCUCCUCCUCCUCCGCGGAUAAAAGCGGCCCUGCCAGGCAGCUGAAGAAGGCAGACCAAGGACGAGACGCAGAGGAUGACAAAAAGACUAACCUGAGUAAAGGAGCAGAGAAACGGUACCUCUCAAAACGGGAGGUGUCAGAGCCCAGCGCAGCCGCCGUGACAGAGGUGGAACCAGACUCGGAGAGCUCCGUGGCCCAGCAGCCGCCCUCAGGCGCUGAGCCAGAGAACAGCGAGGGUCGCCUGGAGGAGAGCACCACUCCGAAGGCUUUCGCUGCUCGCAAGAUAUCCCUGACCAGCAGUAAGACGUCUCCAGCCGCCACAGAUGGAGGAGCAGGUGAGCCCGAGACAGGAACUGCAGCAGGGAGGAAGAGGCGGUGGGGCUCCAGCACAGCAGUCACUGCUAAGAAACCAUCCAUCAGCAUCACCACUGACUCACUCAAGUCGUUGAUCCCGGACAUCAAAGUGAACCAGGAGGCCGUGGUGGAGCUGCACCCGGAGGAGCUGCAAAUGUCCGGGGACGAGGAGAGCCUGGACGCCACCCGGGGAGACCAGGAUAAAGGCCUCAAGAUCCGACGCACAGUCACACAGGUUGUUCCAGGGGACAGCCAGGAGAACGGACAGACGAAUGAGGAGGAGGAGGCGGAGAAAACAGAGAAAGAAAAACGCCGCCGCGCUUCCAGAGACAAAAGGAAGAACAGUGUUUCUGAGGAAGCUUCAGAAACACAGAUGUCUGUCAAGCUCGAUGGAGAGGCAAAGAAAGUUACCCCGAGCGACAGUCUGGUGCGUCGCUCCAUAAGUCAACAGAAGUCCGGUGUGUCCGUCACCAUCGAUGACCCCGUCCGCACAACCAGGCAGCCCUCGCCGCCUCACGGCAAAGUCUCAAACAUCAUCCACGUCACCAACCUGGUGCGACCUUUCACCCUGGGUCAACUCAAAGAGCUGCUGAACAGGACGGGCAGCGUGGUGGAAGAGGGCUUCUGGAUCGACAAGAUCAAGUCUCACUGCUACGUCACGUACACUACAACAGAGGAGGCGGUCGCCACCAGAACAGCCCUCCACGGGGUCAAAUGGCCUACGAGCAAUCCCAAGGUCCUUAGCGUCGACUUCUGUGAGCAGGAUGAGCUGGACAUCCAUAAAGGCAUCCUGAAGCCGGACAGGGACGAGGACCUCGUUGUCCCGCCGGGUGCUCCUCAGAACCGGCUGCCCCCUCUGAUGCCCGAGAGAGACAGGGACAGAGAAAGAGACAGGGACAGGGAGCGCGAGCGAGACCGGGAACGGGAGCGAGGCGCGGUAGGAGUGCGGGAUCUGUGGGCAGAGCGGGAGAGGGAGAUGCAGCGGCGGGAGCGAACCCGGGGCGAGCGGGAGUGGGACCGGGACAAGGUCAGGGAAUUCGCACGGCCGGGAGAGGACGAACAGCGGUCUCGAUCCAGAGACAGAGAGAGGAGGAGGAGGGACAGAGCCAAGAGCAAGGAGAGGAAGACGGAUAAAAAAGAAAAAGGAGACGAGCCUCCUGCAAAAUUACUCGACGACUUGUUCCUGAAGACCAAAGCAGCUCCGUGUAUAUACUGGCUUCCCCUCUCCGAGGAGCAGGCGGUGCAGCGGCUUUUGGACCGCACCGAGCGGCAAAAAGAGCGUGAACGAAGGCGCAAGGAGCAGCGGGAAGAGGAGGAGAAGAAGCGGGAGGAGGAGAAGAAAGAGAGGCUUAAGGGGCGUGAGAAGGACGUCAACGCGACGGCGAGCGGCGGAGCAGCCGGGCGAGGAUCCGAUGGAGAGCGGGACAGGGGCCGCGGCCGAGACAGGGAAGGGGACAGGAAGAGGGAGGACAGCCACCGUCCCAGACGGCCUUCCGUAGGCGCCGGCGGUGGCCGCCGCUCUCUUAGCCGUGGCAAUCAGAGGGAUAGACGCCGCUGAGGGCCGAGUGGCUGCAGGGGAAGGUGAAGAGAGAGAGGGACGCGGCGUGGCGAGGGACAUCGCAGACAGGAAGUUUUGGGAGGGAGAUGCGUUUCUCUUGUUCAAUUCAUGACUUGCGUCUGCUCCUCGCUGCCCGCCCCACCGUGCUUUAAUUCGUCCACUUUGACGCCAGCGUUGUCUUCCACACACUUCUGCCAUUUCCCCCCUCCACCUCCUCCGUGUCACGGUUAAUUACAUGUUUUGUUCUCGUAAAAAUGACGGUUUAUCUCGUUCUCUCUCUGUCUUCCAGAAGCAACAGUCAGUCCUUUCCCUCCGUAGAGAGCGGCGUCCCUCCUCGUCUCCGUGUAGUGCCGGUAAAGAAAAGAAGCAGAGAGGACGGUGGUUUUUUUGGCUCGCCUCAGCAUUUUGUCCCGCUGAGGUUUGGGAGCCCGCCUCUUUAUUUUAGUUCUGCGGGCGCACAGUUCCUUCCUCCUCAGAGCCCUGUAAUAAAACCAGUCCAAAAUAGAUCCCCGACCUUCAAAUAUUUUCUAGGAUCAGUUUUAGUGUUCUCCUCUUCAGCACUGACUUUUUUUUUUUUUUUUUUCUUAAUAAAUGUCAAAAUUCACAGGCCGUCUUUGCAGUGCAGAUUUUGUUUUGGGGUUUUAUGAUCAUGUUCAUUUUUCAGCCUCGGAGAGUCGGGGUUGUUGUGCGUCGCAGCUGUUUGUGUGACCUUCAUCUCCCACGAAGAUGCACCUGAAGUCUCAACACUGUAACCGAGAAACGAGCGAUGCAAAGAGACGUGGCGUCGUUGUCUUGAUGCCAGAGACGUGCCCGAGUUUGUCUUUAGCGGACGUUUUUUGGAGCCGAGAAGAAGAGCGAGUAGAAUUCUUGUUAAGUGGUUUGUUCUGUAAUAAUUACAGGAAGCUGACCUUCCAUGCACUGAAGUCUGCGUUUAAAAAAUCCCUCCUCUGACCCUUCAUAUAUAAAUAUAUUUAAGAGGAGCCACAAAUAAGAAGUUUAACUUCUGAUAGAGUAAUGGCUGCAAUUUUAAUAUUUUUAAUUUUAUGUUUUUAGCUCCAAACAGUUAGAUUUUGUUGUUUUUCUCCCCUUCUGGAAGUGCUGAAUGUACCGAGGAUUUAAAAAAAAUGAAUAAAUUUAAAUUGGUUAUCA